ACAGUAUAAAACGUCAUCACGUAUGCGUCGUCAUGCUGGUUGUCGUUGCAAGCCGUCCACUCGCCGUUUCCUGACUUGUGCAGGGCAGUAAGACAAGAAGACCACCAUGGUGCUGAACCCUGUCAUUUCCAAGCUUGUUGGUAAACUGGUUGUGCUGGCAAGUGCUUCUCCUAGGAGACAGGAGAUUCUCCGCAAUGCGGGCUUACGAUUUGAAGUGGUACCAUCUUGGUUUAAAGAAACACUUGACAAGGGACUUUUCAAAGCACCUCAUGAGUAUGCUGUUGAGACAGCCAAGCAGAAGGCUCUGGAGGUGGCCAGGAGGAUGCCCUUUAAACACCUGAAGACUCCAGACAUAGUAAUUGGAGCCGACACUAUUGUGACUGUAGAUGGCAUGAUUCUGGAGAAGCCAGUGGACAAGCAAGAUGCUUACAGAAUGCUGUCAAGCUUGAGUGGUAAAGAGCACAGUGUCUUCACAGGUGUAGCUAUUAUCCUCUGCCAUGAGAAAGAAAACGAAGAGGUGGAUUACCAGUUAAUAGACUUCUACGAAGAAACAAAGGUGAAGUUUGCUGAUCUCUCAGAAGAUAUGCUGUGGGAGUACAUCAAUAGUGGUGAACCCAUGGACAAGGCUGGCGGCUACGGUAUUCAAGCUCUUGGUGGCAUGCUGGUGGAGUACGUCCAUGGAGACUUCCUCAAUGUUGUGGGUUUCCCCCUCAACCACUUCUGCAAACAGCUGGACCUUAUUUACAACCGCUGUCCCUCCUUGGAUCAGGAAAGUGGCUCUGUCCAUUUAAACCACAACGGCACACACUUGAUACUCACUCAGCCUCCAUCCAACCUGCCAGCUUCAUCGAAACACAGCUCCUCAUCCAACCCCAGACCCAACAGUCCCUCUGCCAGUCAAACAAAGCACACCCAGAGCAGCCCUUCAGCCAGUCCCAUCCAUAAGGUCAAACGGAAAGGCAGUGAAAGUGAAGUGGGUGAGAGUUCCUGGACAUUGCUCAACAGCUUGUCUAAACACACAGAUGAGAGAGAGGCUGAGCUCAGAGGCUCUGAGAAUACAACAUUACCGCUGACAACCAACAGAGGGCAGUUGAUUGAGCAUAACGUGAGAGAGCAUAAGGACAGUGGACCUAAGAGAGAGGAUUUGCAGCGAAUCAUUGAACUGAUGGAUGGAUUCAAAGCCUCAAAGGCACUGUUUACCGCAUCCGAGAUGUGUGUGUUCGACCUUCUACAGAGCAAACCAGGGCUGGAUGCAGCACAGGUGGCCCAGGAGAUCAAAGCCUCUACAAAAGGGACUGAAUGCCUGCUGGAGGCUUGUGUGUCUCUGGGACUGUUGAAGAGCAAAGAGAGAAAAUACCAGAAGCCAGUGUACAAGAACACGGACAUGGCAAAGCGGUUUUUAUUGUCAGAUGCUCCUUUUUCACUGCACGGCUACAUCCAGCACUGUAACAACACUGUGUGGCCUCUUUUCUCCCACCUGGAGAGCGCUGUGAGGGAGGGAACCAACCAGCAUGAGAAGGCCUUCGGCAAGAAAUCUAAGGAUAUGUUUCAGGAUACUUUCUACAACAGUCAAGAGGUCAAACUGAGAUUCAUGAAUGCCAUGCACAGCAUCGCUAAAGUUACGGGAAAAGCUGUAGCAACAGCCUUCGACCUCUCCCGUUUUAAAACCGCCUGUGACCUUGGAGGAUGCACAGGUGCCAUGGCCUAUGAGUUUACUAAAGCCCAUCCUGGCUUGUCUGUGACGGUGUUUGACUUGCCAGUCGUUGUUGAAAUGAGUGAACAUUUCCACCCGCAGCACACAGACAACAGGGUAUCAUUUGUAGCAGGAGACUUCUUUAAAGACGAGUUACCCAAAGCUGACUUGUACAUCCUUGCAAGGAUUCUCCAUGACUGGCCAGACGAGAAAGUGCAUAUCCUGCUGAGUAAAAUCGCAGAUGCAUGUACACCAGGAUGUGCAGUGCUCGUAGCUGAGACCAUGUUGGACCGACAGACACCCUACUCCACUCUGCAGUCUCUUAACAUGCUGGCCCAGACUGAGGGACUGGAAAGGACAGAGAGCCAGUAUGCAGACUUGCUGAGCAAACAUGGAUUUGGGGACACACGUGUAAUUCACACUAAGAACUUUCUAGAUGCUUUUAUUGCUGUUAAAAUGUAGCAGCAAGUGAAUCAUCCAUUUGAAUCCUAACGUUUUUUUAUUCAGUUGAUUAUGGCAAAAGAUCGCUGUGGUUUGUGAUAUUUUUGAUCAGUGGUUGGAAAAUAUGUUGAGAUAUUUUACUGAAGUAAAAAUUUUAUUGCAACAAUUCAAUAAACUUGAUUAUUGAUAAAA